UGAGCAGAGGAAGGACCCCGGAUAUGGAUCAGACUUUGCCAAAUCCCCAGGCCGGAGGAGUCCCUCAGAAUGCUAUACCAGUGGCAGCUUUUAGACAGGGCAAUGUUCCCGUUUGGGAGAGAAGCAUCAUCAGCGGCGAUAACGUCCAGUUUGGGAGGCUCAGGCGGCGCACACGUUUGUCUCAGUCAGAGAGCCAGGCCACUGGAGCUGAAGAGGAGUGGUUGAGCAGCUCCUUGGGAUCAGGUGGCUUGUACGGUCAAAGCCCCAUCCUCCAGGGCAUGCAGGCAGAGCACGUUUGGUACAACCGCAACAUCUACGACCAAGCUGAGGGCAACUUCCAACGCCGGCGUGCCGCAAAUGCUGAUGGGCCGCUGUCCUCUUCCCCAAGGAGCACAAACACCAGAAACCCCUUGACCUUUCAUGCCAGGCGUAGCCCUGGUCAACAGCAGGAUCAGGGCCAGCCUGCCAGCACCGUGAGGUCCUCCAGCACCCCGCAACGGCAAUUUAUAAAAGGUCGCAGACGCACCUCCUCUGAGACGGAGCAGGUGGCCAGAGGCAGCAGAGGGCCAAACCAGAGGAAGAGGGGCGUCUCUGAAUCAGAAAGCAGGUCCAGCUGGCACAACAUCAACAUGAGUGGACUGCAGUGCCUUGCCACAGAGAACAUCUGGUUCGACAAACACAACUACGAUGAGGCAGAGAGGCGUUUCUAUGAGGGUGUUAACGGCCCCACGGUGCACCAGCAAAAGGUGAAAACCGCCCCUCAACAAAAGGUGCGCCAACAAAAACGGCAGCACAGAAAUUCUUCCUCACAUGCAGGAGGAGAUCAGGAGCUGGUUUCCCGCAUGAAGAGCCUGGAAGUGGAAAACCAGAAUCUGCACAAAGUGGUGGAGGAGAUGAGAGCAGCCCUGCAGAAACUGGAGUCCAGAGUAGCAGUGCUGGAAAGAAGUCCUGCACCAGCUGUGACUUGUGUAGCCGAGAUCAUUCCAUGUGCUCAGGCUGCCCCACCUCAGCAGGUCAAAGUGGAAAAUGGUGCUGCCGCUGCUGCUACCGCCGACGAUGACGACGAUGACAUUGACUUGUUUGGCAGUGACGAAGAUGACGAGGAAGCAGAGCGUCUCAAACAGCAGCGCGUUGCAGCCUAUGCAGCUAAAAAGGCCACGAAACCCACCCUCAUCGCCAAGUCAUCUAUUCUGUUAGACGUCAAGCCCUGGGACGAUGAGACGGACAUGGCGAAGCUGGAGGAGUGCGUUCGCUCCGUGCAGAUGGACGGUCUCCUGUGGGGAGCAUCGAAACUGGUCCCUGUGGGCUACGGGAUCAAGAAGCUGCAGAUCAGCUGUGUGGUCGAGGACGACAAAGUGGGAACAGACAUUCUGGAAGAGGAGAUCACCAAGUUUGAAGACUUCGUCCAAAGUGUAGACGUUGCUGCCUUCAACAAGAUCUGAGUUCCCCCAAAGACCUGCUGCUGUCGCUCUGAGUUAUUGUGAUCAUUAAACUGCUGAGCUCUGAGCACA